GUGUCCAGAAAUAAAUAAUUAACAGUCCGUAACUGUAUCGCAGAUUUGUGUUUUUAAUACACAUGUUUAAAAGAAUCUAUUUGAAAUUGUUCAUUCGCCAAUGAGUGUUAUUGAAGUGGGGCGGAUGAAGUCGAGAGUUGAAACCGCAGCAGCAGCAUUAUCAACGACACUCUAUUAAACCUUUUAUCAGUUCUAUGUGAAAAGUUUAUUUCAAUUGAAUUGGAAUCAAUGCUUACAAAUUUGAUUUCUGUGAAAAAAUAAUCAUUGGACUGAAGAAAUGGAACUGUUAUUAAGGAUAUUAUCACUGAUUUUACGUAUUUUCUCAUGGAUCGCAAGUCCCAUAUUCUGGAUAAUGUCAACAUCUGGUCGGAAAGUUCCACCUAUCCAGAACGAAAUUCUCCUCAUUAAUGCCAGAUCAUUAGCGGAAAAGAUUAGAAGACGCGAGUUGAAGAGCGUGGAUGUGGUAAAAGCGUACGUCGCAAGAAUCCAAGAGGUAAAUCGUCUGGUGAACGCCGUCGUCGAAGACAGAUACUGCGAUGCUGUUCUCGAGGCGAAAGCCGUCGACUCUUACCUGGAUUCCAUACAGAGUCAGAAGGAAGAGUUGCAGAAGGUGCAGCGGGAUCAACCUCUGCUCGGCGUCCCACUAACCGUCAAAGAGAGUUGUUCUCUGAAAGGUAUGAGCAUUGCUACGGGAUCCGUGAGUAGGAUAGGUUUGAAGGCAAAAGAGAAUGGAACAGCCGUUGCGAAUUUGCUGAAAGCUGGAGCCAUUCCGUUGCUGAUCAGCAAUACGCCAGAAUAUUGCUUCUAUUGGGAAAGCAAUAAUCUGGUAACGGGAUUGUCCAAAAACCCUUACAACACGGCUUACUCAACUGGUGGAUCGUCUGGAGGAGAAGGGGCUUUGCUAGGAGCUGGUGCUUCUCUCAUUGGCGUAGGUUCAGACUUGUUGGGUUCCAUACGAUUGCCGUCCUAUUUUAAUGGAGUUUUCGGACAUAAAGCAACAGAAUAUGUGACUCCAAUCGAUCAACAUUUUCCCUCGUGCGAAGGAGAAACCUUAAGACAGUUCUUCUCCAUUGGUCCGAUGGCCCGAUACGCGGAUGAUUUGACCUUGAUGUUGAAACUAAUCACAUCUCCUCACUCCUCGAACUUGAGAUUAGAUGAACCAGUAGAUUUGAAUAAGCUUCGAGUUUAUUACAUGGAGGAGACCGAGUCCAGUCUAACGUUACCACAGGUCGAUAAAGAAAUCAAAAACGCUGUCGUCAAAAGCGCCAAUUACUUGCAGAGGAUCUGCGGAUCUCAAUUAGAAGACGAAAAAUUUGAUAUGGAAAAUUUACCGGAAAUGAUUUGUGCUCUCAUGAUGUCUGCGACAGAUGUUCCAAAAAUCUUGAAAGACAAUAACAAAAAUGAUCAUUUAUUAUUGGAGUUCGUAAAGAACAUCUUUAACCAAUCAAAAUAUUCCACACACGCUUUGCUGGUUUCUUUGGUGCUUCAUUUCAACGGAGGAAUGCCGAAAGGAAAGAAAGAUAUUUACGGAGUUGCCUUCGAUAAAAUGAAACGGAAUUUACUGGAAAAACUGGGUGAUGACGGUGUACUCAUUCUACCAACUUUUCCAACCCUUUACCAACACAACGAAUUCGCUUUGAAAUCUAUCGGAAUCAUGUAUUUGGGUUUCUGUAAUCUAUCAGGAUUCCCGGCUACUCAGGUACCUAUGGGUCUCAACAAAAAAGGACUUCCAAUUGGCAUCCAAGUCAUAGCAACUCCUCACAACGAUAGAUUAUGUUUGGCCGUAGCUAAGGAACUGGAAAAAGGAUUCUCCGGUUGGGUGCCACCGCAAUCAUCAGUUAAAAGCCAAAAAUUAGAAAUUAAUGGUAUAUCGUAAUUUGUACAUAACAAAUUUAAGAGU